ACAACGUAUUUUUAGAGCAUUUGAGAUCAUUUAUUUUCAUGACAUAAAGAAUCUGACACUGUUCUCAUGUCCCGUCUGUCCUGCAUUUGUAAUCCUGCCCCUUGCAGAACGAAUCCGCUGGACUGGUGCCUUCCUAUUGAGACGCCAGAAGCAUAGACACAAGCCUGCAUCUGAGCGCAACAACACCAGCUUCUAUUAUUAAAACAAACAAGACAGAAACAUAUUUUUAAAACACAUUUAGAAACACUUUUAAAUCCGGGGGUUACGGAUUUUUUGCCGAGAAGUUGCAUGUGCAGGAGCGAUAGUACUCGACCGGGACAGCAGGAAUGGGAUACCCGGGCAGAGCAGUCAAAGGAUGGACGCUCCUGGUUUGGGUCGCCGCUGUCAACUUGCUUUUAGCAGAAGGAUUAAGGGACUUCAGAUGCGUCGAUGGAUGUAUCUGCACCAAAGAUAAUGCCCUGUGUGAGAAUGUCCAAUCCGUGCCUCACACUUUCCCAAACGACGUGGUUUCACUAUCUAUUAUCAGUUCUGGAUUGAAUGAAAUCAAAGCUGGAAGCUUUGUUCACACGCCUGCCCUGCAACUCCUAUUGUUCACAGGAAAUACCUUUGACCUAAUUGAUCAGGGUGCUUUCCAUGGUUUACCACAUCUUAAAUACCUGUUUAUUGAAGAUAACAAAAUCAUAUCGAUAUCCCCACAUGCUUUCCGGGGCCUGAAAGCGUUGACACAUCUGAGUCUGGCUGACAACAACCUUGAGACGCUGCCCAAAGACAUCUUCAAGGGAAUGGAUGCUUUGACCAAUGUGGAUCUACGUGACAACAACCUGAUAUGCGACUGCAAGCUGAAGUGGUUGGUGGAGUGGAUACACCACACUAAUGUCACCCUGGACCAGAUCUACUGCAGCGGCCCACCCAUUCACCAGCGGAAGAAGAUCAAUGACCUGCAGCCACACUCUUUCGACUGCAUCGCAGCAGAGUUUGCCUCCUAUCAGUCGCUUAAAUUUGAGUCGCUUUCGGUGGGGGCCUUCACCUUUGGUGAAGAUCAGUAUGUUGUGUUUGCACAACCGUUUGCUGGGACGUGCAGCUUCCUGGAAUGGGAUCAUGUUGAGAUGACCUUCAGAACUUACGACACCAUUGAAAGCACCUCCACUGUGGUCUGCAAACCCAUGGUGAUUGACAAACACCUCUUCGUCAUCGUGGCCCAGCUGUUCGGCGGAUCGCACAUUUACAAACGCGACCCGUCCGCAAACAAGUUCAUCAAAAUCCAGGACAUCGACAUCCUGAAGAUUCGCAAACCUAACGACAUCGAGGCGUUCAUGAUCGACGGAGAGUCUUUCUUUGUCAUCGCGGACAGCUCUAAGGCCGGCUCCACAACAGUGUACAAAUGGAACGGCAAUGGCUUCUACUCCCACCAGUCACUCCACCCGUGGUUCCGGGACACAGACGUAGAAUAUUUGGAGAUGUCCAACAAACCCCACCUGAUCUUGUCCAGCAGCUCUCAGAGACCCGUCGUCUACCAGUGGAACAGGAGACAGAAACAGUUUGACCGCAGGACCGACAUACCGGAGAUGGAGGACGUCUUCUCUGUCAAACACUUCCAGGUCAAAGGUGAGCUGUUUAUAUGCUUGACAAGAUUCAUCGGGGACUCCAAGGUGAUGCGCUGGGACGGUGCCAUGUUCAAAGAGGUCCAGACAUUUCCUUCCCGCGGCUCCAUGGUGUUCCAGCCUGUCUCCAUCGGCAACUGGCAGUAUGCCAUCUUGGGCAGCGAUUAUUCACUAACGCAGGUCUACCAAUGGGACACUAAGAGGGGCCAGUUUGUUUCAUCUCAGGAGCUGAAUAUCCAGGCGCCUCGAGCUUUUUCUGUGGUUUCCGUUGACGACCGGGUGUUCCUGCUCGCGUCCAGCUUCAAGGGAAAGAGUCAGAUCUACGAGCACCUCAUGAUAGAUUUGAGUAAUUAAACCCAACGUCUAAUUUGGGAAAAAAUGAUGUACACUACCAUUCAAAUACUUUUCUUCUGUGAUUGUUUUUCUUUCAGUCCCAUUAGAAUCCACCAGCAAGUUUAAACAACAGGAAGUUGCAAGCAGAAGCACAAAGAGAUAUUUUCAAACACCUUUAGGUUGAAAUACUCACAUUUGUUAUGAUCACUGAGUUUAUUUUAAGAAGUUUCCAUUACAUUGAAAGUAUAUUCUACACAGUCCCUGAGGCCUUAGUUUUGGCAACCUGCUGCAACUUCAUCACUUUGAUAAACUCGUAUUUUCAUUUUGAUUGCUCACUAUUUGGAAAUGCCUUAUUCUCCAUUUGAAAAAUCUUAAUUCCACUCAGAGUGCGAACUGACUAUCUUUCAGGAAAAACAAGCUAUGAAAUCAUUUAUUUUUUCACUUUUAUUUCAACCCUGCAGGAUUACUUGCGGUUAUUUGACUCACAGUAAAUGUCUCCAUACAUUUUUAUUUUUAUUGUUAGAAAAAAAAAAUAGAAGAGUUUGGUAGACCAUGGAAUAAUAGGCAAAUUGUCUAAAGACACUGUUCUUAAUUUAAGUCUUUUUUAAUUGAACAAAGCAUUUCAGGAAAAUUGACUUCAAAGUAAAAAUGUCAUUACAUGAGAUUAUUCACAAUGGAAUGUAAGCUACCGAGAUAAGUGGGCACUGUAUGCAAGCAAAGGGUCGCAUGACUCAUAUGCGACAAAGUCUGGCUUGUUAGACACCUUAUAGAAGACGGACGAUCUCACAAAUGUUUUUUUUUUCAAAUAGGAACCUAACCCCAGUUUAAUGACAACGUAACAGCAGCAUCACUGUAGUAAGCAAUGCCAGGGGUAGUUUGUCACUGCAAGACCUGAGCUUGAAAAUAAUACAAGCUUCCAACCAAACGCGGGUCAAAUUUGGACUACUUGUUGAGGACUACUUUCUUCAAGCGCAAAUUGGCAGCUAGUCAACCUACCAUCACCCGUCUUUUGUAAAUACUUACACACUUAAAGAAGUGACCCUAAUAUAUGAAGAAUCCACUAAACACUGUGAGACAAACACAUCUGUCCUGUCUACUCUAUGACCGUCAGUUAAGCAAGACUGCAUGCGUGACACAGACACUCAUAGUGUUGAUUCCUGCUGAAUGACUCGCUAGAAGCAUCCCACUGUCACCUAUCCCUCCCUCUUUCACUGCACUCUUGCCCCUUUUCUCCCUCAUUGACAAAAACUAUUGUUGUCUUUACUCCGCGACUAAAAAGCCAACCACUGUGCAACACCUGUUACCUGUGCUUUCAAACAAUCCUCUUCUUCUGACACAAAGGAAACAGAAUUCUGAUAACAACGUCACUGAUUUGCCAAAUAUAAUGUUUACGUUUUUACAAUACUGUGUCAUUUAUAUGAUAUUGUUUUUUUUUGUAAUGUAGAGGGGACCACACUCAAUGUUUUAUUUUUUAUAGUUAUAGAAUUUAGUGUAGGGAAGGAUCAAUUCCUUGAACGCUGUGUAACAUGCUACUUCUGCAAAACAAUGUAGGCUUACUUGUGCCAGUCUAAUCUAGUUAGGGAAGGAUAGAGGAUGUUAGCUCUUCUUUUUGUCAUCUUGCUCAUUGUAUUUUAUGUACAGUGGUAAUAAAAUACUAAAAUGUUAAA